UGACCUGGUAGAUUUAGGCAAAUGGUUGUCGUAGUUGUUUAUUCCAGUGGAAAAGGAUUCGCUUCAUUCGCAGUAGAAAUUUAGGAAUAUUUUAGACCAAACGAACGUUGGAGGUCGCUAUUGAAGGAUGCCGAUUCCAAUCGGUUGUGAAAGACUUGAAACGUUCGUGUAAAUGAAAGGAGUCCAGACAUGGAGCUUGUUGAAGGCCGACGAGAUGAGUUUAGCUUCGGCUGGCUACUGUCGGCUACAGCCCCAACAUCCUUCCUAGACGCUGAACAUCCUAUUCAGUGUAUUCCGAGCUUUAGUGUGUUUUACAAGCUUUUCUGCGCUACUCCGAAUCGUGUGCUACAAUCAUAUUUUUUCUGUUAGAAGAGUUCUAAGGGCAAGAGAAGUGUGACCAAGAAAAUCAAGAAGAAAAGUAUAAUAAGCAGAAAAUCAAUAUUUUCCAUUAGUGAAAGAAUAGUGUUAAAGUGUUUGGUUCAAGUGUGAAAAUCUUAGCCGGUGUCUGAGUGGAUUCAGUCUGCUGCGUAAAUAACAAUCAAGGAAAACAGUCCCGGGGCGCUUCAUCGCUUGGAAAGUCACCCCAGAGAGUUAGAGAUACUUUCCGCAUGGCUGAGUCGGAAUCAAUAUUUGGCAGCAGAAGGGAGGACACGAGAUGGACGAAAAUAACGGAGCAACUGGCGGUACCAAUAGAUGGGGUGUUUGCCCAAUGGAAAAUCUCACCACAACAAUUCAAUCAAUAGAUACAGUACGCACCUUGCACCAAACUAUCGUUGCACUUAGGACAGCACUUGAAGACGCUAAACUUGAAAUACAAAGGCUUAGAAACCAACUCACAGCACAAUCUGAAAUAAAAGAAAGUGCCAAAUUUCAAGAAAAAGUCAUUGAAACAAGCUUACCUGAGAAGCAAGCAAUUCCCGAGGUUUCACUGGAACAUGUCCCAUCACCAGCCACAACGGUUGAGACAAUAAAGGAAGAAAAGAUAGAAGAGGAGGAACAGGAAGUUUCGGAAACCAAAAGUAUCUCUAUUAUUGAAAGACGAGAUAUUGUGGAGGAAGUUGAAACUUUCCAGCAUUUAGAACUUCCAAAGGACUCGAAUAUACCACCGAUAUCUUCCAAUUUCACUACAGAAAGCAGGAGUCGUCGGAAAUUAUCCUUUAUUCCAGAUAUUCGAGUUACAGCAAGACGCAAAAUGGCUUCAAAAAUCGAUGUUAAGAUUAAGGUUCUAUCGAAUGUAAAAGUUCACGGUGCAAGUACAGACACCAGCUCUAGCAGUCAGCCGAGCUCGGCAAGAAGUCUCAAGGACGAGAUGUCGUUACCCAAGGACAGCGAGGAAGGUGCUACUCAGCUGCUUUCUACAGAAGGUUUGAAAAAGGAUGACCAUUCCCCCUCUGGCAGCGACAACUCAGUAUUCUUCGAAGAUAAACCUCCAAUUGAAUCCGCUACUAUCGACGGAAAAACGUCCAUACGACCCCAUGACUCUAAGGAAGAAGUAGACGAUAUUGAGCUAAUCUUCUCAUCUGAUGAAAAUCGCGAACCAAUACAAGAAGAUUUAGUCUCGAUAUCGGAGUAUGAUCCGUGGCAACCCCCAGGUGCAUCAGGUACACCAGUCCUGGUCAAAUUUUCAUCAUUACAUUCUGAGUCAGAAGAAGGUGCUUCAUCAUUAGCGAAAAAGAUUCCAGCCUCUACUAGUCAUGAUGCAGUUUACACUGCAAAUAUAGCACAGCAAAAGAGCUUAGAGAGUUCGGAGAGUACGGACGGUCCACGCAGCACGAAAUCUUCCAGUUUGGAACGGGAGACUAGCGGCGAUCACAAGGACGAUUCACAUUCAAUCGGUAGAGACGAGAGUAUGGACUUUUUUGACCAUAAAGAUUCAUCUUUCGGGCGAAAGUGGACGAAUUAUAAUGUGAUUGUGGAAACGGAUAUAUCAAAAUGUGGUAUCAUUGAGGAAACGACAUUUGAGAUGUAUAGAAGGAAUACAUGCCCUAAUCCGCCAGCUUAUAGACCACUCAUGCAAGCUGACACCAUAACCACAAGUCGUCAUGUACCUGUUAUUGGAUCUAAAUAUCGUCGUGGUGGAAGGCAGGCUGGCGGUGGGCAAGGAACCCCAACGCAGUCACCCAGGGCUGGUGGUGUAGCGGGGACCAAACGUAGUAGUGCUGCCCAAACUGAAAUAACAGCACUCCCAGAUCACUGGAAAUCGGAGAGUCAAUUAGCCGAUAGUCGAUUCCAUGCUGGUGGUCCAUUUACGCUCCCAUCAAAAUUCACUCCAUCUGUCGCAACCACUGGGUGUCACAGGCAUAUUAUAAGGAACUCUGAUCGAACUCAAGAAGCAAGACGUGUGCUACUUAGCGACAUAAACUUCACGAGUAUGGUUCCGGAAUUAUCACGAUCUGCAGACCAUUUAUGUGCCGAAAAAGGAACCCAAAGCGCAAGCAAGCCAUCAAAUCGUUACUAUAAAGGAAAUCAUCUGAAAACACCAGACUAUGCCUUGAAGGGGAUGACCCCAAGUGCAAGUAUGACUUCGCCUGGAGUUUCACAGUGGACUGUCAACGAGAAUAGCUUGGGGACGCAGACAACCCAAACUGCAGAAUCAUGGGGCAAACGUGGUGAUUCUCUUGAUUCAUGUCGCAGCUACUCAGUGGAAUCGAGAUUUAGUGGACUAGAUCGAUCACAUCGGUCACGAAGCGUACCGUCAAUUCGUUGUGCCGUUUGUAAAUUAGCUCAUGGAAUUCGUACGUCGGAAAGUAUGAAUUAUACGCCACGGGUUACAUUUCAAGAACCUGCUUGUAAAAUCCGAGGGUCAUUACCGGAUCUUCGACAUCAUUGCGUUUGCUCAAAACGUUACCCAGGACGCUCAAUUUUUACAAUUUACGGCGAUUCAAGUGGAUCAACCGAAAGCCUUCUUGAUGAGGCUGAUGCUUUCGUCAGAAACUCCAUGGAAAAUGCAUAUCUAUCGGAGGAUGUUACGGCCAAAAAGCCAAACCUUAGAAGAAUGUCGGAAACUGACAUCCAAAGAGAUUAUACACCGUCAAGGCAGUCAUUACCCUUCCUGCCAAGAACUGCCAAAUGCUUGAAACCAGGACACUUAGCUAAAGUGAUAGCAAAAAACGGAAGAGUAGUAGUUGGAAGAGUUCGCUAUGUUGGUCCGAUAGCUACGGUAGAUAAAGACGGAAGCGCAGUAAUUGAUGAUCUUUAUGUUGGCGUUCAGCUGCAGAGCAAAUGUGGUGACUGUGAUGGAACUUUUGAGGGUAGAAAAUUUUUUGAUUGUGAACCAUUGCAAGGCCUAUUCGUACCUUUCAAAAAAGUGGUAAUGGCCUGGACGGGAUAAACGAACCGUGGGGCCACAUCUUAAAGUGUAUAUACCCGUAUUCCAAAAUAUUUAGCAUUUACAUAAGAUUAGACUUAAAGGAUACAUAAGACAUUGGAGAUAUUCUAAAAGCGUCCCGAGAAAAUAUAUUUUCUUAGCGCUCAUAACUACUCUAACCAAAUUAUGUGUGUGUUUCCAAAAGGUCUUUCUCCAAUGUUAGUAUAAAAUAUGGUUAUGGAACUAAAAGCAACAAUGCAAUGGAAUUAGGGACGAUUUCGAAAUGUAUUUCGACAAAAAAUAAACUAAUUAUGAACACCAAAGGACCACCAAAACUUAGAAAUGCGAAUUUAGAGAGACCAUGGAACAUCCCUCUCCUGAUUUCUAAUGGAUGCAACAUCAACCAUAUCUUCUACAACAGUCUUACAUUUUUUAGAAAUAUUUUUACUAGAGAAAAAAUCAAUACAUUUCAAAAUCGUACCGGGAAAGUCUACAGUAACUUUUUGGACAAUUAUAUCUAAAGUUAAAAAGUUUAUAUGUGGAUUUUGUGUGAAAUAAUCAAAAUAAAAGAAAAAGCUUGAGGAGUUGAUAUAAUAUUUUUAUUUCUAUCUUUGGAAAUAAAAUUUAUUGUAAGCUUGUCCGAAGGCCAGACACAAAAACCAGAAAAUGUUCGUUGAAAAUUGAUGUUCUGUGUUAUACAAAAAAAUAGUAAUUUUAAGGAAGUAUUUUAGAUGAAUAUUGAAUGUCCACGGAAUCUUCAUCAGUGAAAUAGUAAAAAACAUGAAAUCAGCCACUGCAUGGAGAACUGGGAAUCCUACAAGACACGGGGAAACCCAGUCUAAGUCAUUCUGACCACAUAACAGUUCAUAUACCACUUUAGAUACUUCUUAAAAAACACUAUCUAGUCAAGUACCUGUAAUUUCAAUGAAGGACCCAAGAAACUGCAUCGCAGCCUAAAGAUCAUGUUUUUUCUUCAGAGUAACGGUCACAUUGAAUGCUACCGGAAUUAAAAAUAUUUCUGAAACAAAUUGUUGUAAAUAGUAUAAUUGUAAAAUGUGUAACAUGAUGUUGACUUCUCCACAGUUAGCUGGUAUCCUACUGAAUAGCAUCCAAGGUAUGUUAGCAUGUAUAACAAAAAAGGCAAAACAACACUUUAUUAGGAAAUGAAAUGUCGAUAGUAAAAUAAGUGAAGAAUUCACCAAAAGUAGCAUAUAGUUGGCUAUGUAUGUGUGAUAAACUGUAAUUAAAAAAGUAUAAAUUGAAA